AUGGACUUCCAGACCCUGAACAGCAGGCCUCUGGUGGCUCACUCCUCGGAAGCAGCCCCAGAGUGCCUCCAGCAGUGGUGGACGACACCGACGCCGUCUCCACCAGCUCUGGAGGGACACGACGUGGACGAAGGAUCUCCUGGUAGUCGUAUUGAUGAAUACGAACGAGCCCAUGCACAACUCCAGAAACGAUCCGAUGGCAUGCUCUUCCAGAUUAUCCCUUCUGCCAAGGGUAAACCACAAACCAUCUCAAUUGAGGAUUUUCCGAAUGAGGUUUUGACGCAUAUCCUCUCCCAUCUUCCACCAGAGACUCUAUCGUCGAUGAGUCUAGUGAGCAAGCGAUUCCAUCGAUUGGUCACAACGCCUCAUGCAUGGCGCAUCGCCUUCGCCAGAUACUUUCCCGGAUCCGAGGCACUUGACGAUGGGUCUCGUAAGGCCACAAGAGACUUGGUGUCCGAUAUUGAAAGAGCACAGCGUAGAAGCUUCACUCGACUGUCGGCGUUAUCCUCGUGGAGAAGCGAAUAUAUACUUCGAACCCGAUUACUGCGCUCCCUUGGGCGAGGGAGGCCUGCUCUCGAAGCCGGCGCUCGAUCUGGCGCGUCUCGUCAUGCCAGCAGUGCUGCGGCAGCUGCCGUAAUCACCUACGCAUCCAGCUUGUAUUAUCCGAUCAGCCAUCUCCAUGCUACCUUCGGCAUUGGCUUGAACAAGAAACAACCGUUGUUCAUUCAUGGUGCUGUGGAACAGGGAGGGGUUUCUGUUAGUGACCCUAGCACUGGAAAGCCUGGAUCUUGGGGUCUGACCGACUUUGAGGGGUUCAAGCAUUUUGCAGACCAGUUUCCCGGAGAGUUACCCUACGGUUUGGGGCUUGGAAACGUGGCUGGUAUGCCGAAUGUGAUGGAUAUCAGCCAACCAUAUGGGAAGCUAUAUGGUGAGGCGUGUCCUGAUGGGCGUCUUUUCUACACUUCUACGAGCGAGCAGCGCGGCCGCUUUGUUUCCAUCUCUUCCGCCGCGAAUCAUUCUCUGGGCAUACCAGAGGUGACCAUGCUUGGCUGUGCAGUCUGUUCGGUAUGGAUUGCAAAGUCCGAGGCAGUCCUCAAAGCCACCAAUGGACUAUUUGGGUUUCUUGCAGGAUUUUCUAAUGGUGUCCUCGCCGCCUAUGCACUUGGCGUCAACCCCGUCCAUGACCGUCGUUUCGAAAAGGGCGAACCAACUGCAAAGUGGGUGCUAUCCCCGGGCGUCCCGAUCAUUGCCAUCUCGGUGGACGAGAGAAUUUCUGCUCGUCGGCUCAAGUCUCGUCGCAUUUGGGCGACAGUCCUCAACGCGCUUGGCGAAGUGUAUUACCUUAUUGAUACUCCUACCAGGCCGGACUUUACAGGGAAGCUUUCACCCGACGGCAUCGAUCGGCUCGCAUGGCAGACAGGGAGAAGCGUGGAGUGGUCUCUCGUGGAAACCACGCGAAGAAAACCAAGGCCUGAUCCUUUUGAUAUUGCGCAAGUGGAUGGCAGCUACACACCACGUACUUCGACCGACUCACACGGGUUGAGUAAGGAGCAGAUCGUGGCGGAGACGAUCGAAAUUGAAAAAUUCCUACUUUAUAAGCCGAAGCACUUCCACGCUCUCUGUGAAGGAUGGGAUAUGCGGCGCAGGAUGUUGGUCGAUUUUGCCGGUGACGAUCAUCUUGGAGCAGGAGAGUCGAUCUUUAUACUUGAAUGCGGGCUUGAUGAGGGAAACCUGGCGUCAGUCCGACGUUUCACUCGAUGCAAGAGGAAGAUGACCGUCGAGUUCGGCCUUGAGGGCUCCCCUACGAUCCAAUCAACUGUCAACCAGCCUUCGAUCUUUGGUGGACUACGGAACACACUGUCGUCCCCAGCAUCGGAAAGCGUCCCCCGGUCACGCACGUCGAGCCAGGACGAUAGCGUGGACUCCAAAUUCGAAGAAGAUUGGCGUGCAUCGAAGUUUUCUUUCGCCGAACACAGAAACAUUCGCAUCUCGGCCGCGAGUUCGGAUGAUUCUGAACUUGCAACGCUGACGAUCGAUGAGGAUCCUCUUCUGGGGAUGUCAGGUGGCUCGACUGCCUCUUCUCCCUUGGCAUCGCCUUUGGGACAUGUUCCUACGGCAAGCUCGCCGUCUGAGAUCCCCGGCCACCGAGCUCGACUGAUGGGCAUCGGGACAAUGUCAGGGGUUGUCAUGCUCUGGGAUAUGCGUGCCAGCCUCUCACCGAGUCCUGAAGUCGUCAACACGGUUCAACCGGUCCGAAUCAUUUACACCAAAUCGCCGCAAAUUGCUUCACUUGCGCUGACUUCGCUGUACGUCGUUCACGGAGGCAACGAAGGCCUCGUUCAAGCUUGGGAUCCCUUGGCUUCGACCAAUGAGCCGAUUAGGACCCUGAAUUCACGAUUCUCUGAUCGAGCAAGACGACGCAUCGCUCAAGCUGAAGCUACGGCGCAAGGGGUGGGCAACAACUACUAUGCGGCUGGGGCGAUUGUCUUGGAUCCAGAUCCUACAGUUUUGCGUGGCAUGGUCGCCUUGGGUGCUUACCUGCGCUACUGGUCCUACAGCUCAACAGCGGCCGAUGCAUACAAAAGCCGGAAAAGGGGUCAACUCCGCCGACGAUCAGACCGAGGCAGUAACUCGACGCCCGCUAGUCACAAGGUCAGCGUGACCGCCCGUGGGCUUCUGAAAGGUCAUAUCAGCGAUGAGAGGUUCGAAAUGGAGAGAGACGAGAUCGCAAGGCGCAAAGAAGACGAACGCUUGAGCGGAAGGUUCGGAACAACACUUCUGGGUGAGGGCGCGAGUGAGGAGGAGCUGCUAGCGUAUGCUACUAUGCUCAGCGAAGAAGCCUACUCCACGGACGAGAUGAAGAGAAAAGCCACCGACGGAAGCAUCUCGAUCUCUUCGCCCCAGCUGCCACAAGGUCGGACGGAGACUGAAACCACGACGGUUGAUGCUGAUCUCGAAGAAGCCAUUCGUCUGAGUUUGUUGGACAGUGAGCACGUGUCGUCUUCACCGCCAGCGAGGGAUUUCGACAUCCCCAUCCGAUAUGCCAAAGGGUCGAAGCACAGCACGCCUGUCCACAACGCGAGAGCUGGCAGUAGCAAGGAUCCAAAGGCGGACCCGGGGGAUGAUGACUUGGAGUUUGCUUUACAACUGAGCCUCGCAGAAGCACAAAGUCGGAUGAUGGAUGAGGAAGCCUUCCCGAUUCUCUCCAAGUCGACCAGUUCUGGAUCGGAUGAGGUUGGGCAGGGAAAGGGCAAGUCGAGACGCGGGUGA